GAUCAAUAUAAUAUCAAUAUAUUUCUGAUUCUGAUUCAGUUUAAUCCUGGCACACAGCCUGUCAGGAGGAUCCCACGUUGUAACUGUGCACUCCAUUGCGCUGAUAACGUAUUUGUAUCCACGAACUGGCACAAAUAAACGCAAACAUGUGACGCACCUUGCGUAGGAGCUGCUGAGAAUCCAGCCUACCGUCGCCAUAAAUAAGAGAAGGGGACUAAUGCCCAUGCGCGCUCUGCAGAGGACGUUGUUAUCCUUUUAUCCCCAUUCGCGCAAACAUUCCCAAAUACCCAACGGUGGAUUUCUUCUUCACGCAUCCUGCAGGUGAGCUGACACUAGAUGCGUCACACACUAUGUGAUCAUGUUACAUCAUCAACACUUGGCGGCCCGGCGGUCCGCAGCAUCGCUCUAAAUGUUGCUCAUCGGCUGGGAAACACUGUUGGACAUCUGAGUGGACAUGACUUCAGACAGCAGGCAGGGCGCCACGGAUCACUGUGACAGCACUGAUGCCUUUUGGAUGUGCGUAGUGUGUGUGUCGCUCUGCAGGAACAUCUCCACACUUCUCUUGGGCUCCCCCUUGCGCAGCGUGUGGAUUGAUUGUCGCAGGUCCCGGGGCUUGUCUUAGCAGGGGAUGAAUGACAGUAUGUGCUGUGUUUGUAGAGGAAACAAUCUGGUGUGUCUUUACAGGUGAAGAUGUCCUCCUGUGUCCUGCUCUCUGCCCUAUUUGCCCUUCCUCUUGCUUUGGGUUGGGUCGUGCUGGGUGAAAGAGAAGAAGUCCAGAUGGUGUGUGCCGGGAGACAAUUUCGUCUGCCAGUGUACUCGACAUCCAGAACAGUGACUUUCACGCCACACCCUGAUGGGCCGAGGCGUGUCCUGCUGGACAAAACCACUGUAAAGGACCCACGUUUCGAGUGGACCAGAGAUAAGAUGCUAGUCUUGAAAGAAGUGGGUCAUGGUGAUCAGGGACUCUAUGCCAUCAAACUGUCCUCUGGAUUCACCUACGAGACCGUUCGUUUGACUGUUUCAGAAUGCAUUAAGUCCUACCACAGAAACUAUGGGGAGAAAUUUGAGCACAGCAUCCCUGAAAAUGGCUCUCUACUGGAGUUUUCACCUCGGGGUGCUCCACCUGAGGCCAUGCCAGUUGUGCUGUGGAACCGAACGAACCCAGAGACCAGCGAUGCAGGCCGGGGGCGGCUGCAGCGGGGCGGGAAGGUCUGGGUGGCUGAGAGAGUGACACAAGCAGACCAAGGCAACUACACUGUGAGAGACGACAAGGGGAGAGUCCUCUCCCGCAGCACCCUCACUGUCCGCGGACACUCUUUCAAUGUCACCCGCUUCACCAAGGAGUCUCUAAACCUGCCCCUCUUUCUUCCUGUCCCUCAUGCUCACCUCAUUUUUACCCCCACCCGAUAUCCUGACGAAUCCUCCCUGGGCCCUUUUGACCCCAAGCCCCCCCGUGGCCCUGUCCAGCUGAUCCGUGAGGGCCAUAUAACGGACCACGACAUGCGCUACAGGGGCCUCAUCUCUCUGGGCAGGAACGGCACCAUCAAUGAGGUUGUCAUUGUGAGGCUGACCUCAAGGCAUGAUGGUGUGUAUGAAAUCAGAGAUGGGGAUGGCAACUUGGUGUCCUCCACGGUCUUGCAGGUGAUUGAAAAGGGAGGCAGAUGGCGAGCACUUCUCAAGUCCAUCACUGUCCCUUCUGGCAUGUUCGUGUCACUGGCUGGUUUCAUCCUGUUCAUGAAGCGAUACCCGAACUGCAGCAUGUCGCAGAUCAUUGCUGGCCUCAGAGCAAACCGCACGCCACAGGCCGAUCCUCCGAGAGUCAACAUUCAGGACUACAGCCAGUCGAGCCCUCAGCCCUCAGGCUUCUACAGUCACUCUCAGCAGCCGGGAACACCAAGAAAAUGGACUCCAAGAGCCAGUCCCACUCAUACUAGUUACAGUCCAGUUAUGGUGGGAACUCCGAGAGCUGAGAACCAGGAAGCACACAGACUGGCAGCUAGGAGCUCACCUUGUCAUAAUUCAAAUACUGAGAACACAUCUCACAACAAUGAGGAAGAGAGAAGGAUUUCCUUUUCGAUGCCAGGGGCUUCAGACUGCCUCCACUCCUCUGAGGACUGUGUCCAAUUCCAGAUCAAGAAAGAUGGAAAUGACAAAAGGUGGAGCAAAUCACAAGGAUUCUUUUCCACACUGCCGCUAGACACGGACACCUCUGAAUCCUGCAGUGUUUACACUUCAGAGAAACUGAACUUCUUAUAAAGCAAAGCACUGGAGCAGAAGGAAGAAGAGAAAACGUAGGACGGAGAAACUACAGUAUUGGAUUCUCAGGUGGAGAGUGCUGUUUUGAUAAAGAAAGACCUCACCUGUGCCUUUUGCAUCCUAGCUUAGUUUCAGUGGUUUGGUAUCAGUAUUGCAUGUCAUUUUCCCAUGUAAUUUUCUGAAGCAUGAGUUGAGCCCCACAGUCUCAUGUUACAUUUUUCUUGACACUAUUGAUGGUGCUCCUGAAAUCUCCUGCUGUUACCUACCUCCAGACCCUCAGGACCAGUAUGAUCCGCACUGUAUUUGCUGAGUGUUGGUGCGAGUAUGUUUGUGAUGUGAUCUCUAGGGCUACGUAGAAAUUAGAGUUGAGAUACAAACAUUUGCAAAAGGGAAUUCUUAAGUACUGUACAGUCAUAGAGAGUUAGUCGACCUGUUUUUUUCCAUCCAUCAUGUUAACCAUUCCUAACUGCAAUAACUAUUAAUUAUGUUAGAUGUCUGCUCUGCAAUUCAGUGAUUUUUGCAACGAGAUAGUGUAUUUACUCUCCAGGUUAUUGUAGUAAUACCUAUGUGAGAUAUAACACGUUCCACCAAAUAUUGCAAUAGCCUAUUAACAUGUAAACUUUGUGUUUAUGAUAAUAUCUUACCACCAAAUCUUUCUAGUGACAAAAGAGGUUGGACUGCUGCUUGUGAUAUUUUUGGACUAUCAAAAUGGCAUCUCUUAAACAAUAAAAUAUAUC